AGCUGGUGGUGCGGUUCGUGUGGUCUAUGUAGUAGACCUUGCCGUCGAAGUCGCGGGCCUCCUCCCAGCCCUCCGGCAGGGGCAACUCCGGCCGGGGCAUCUUCCCGAGCGCGGCCCGAGCUCCCCCAUGCAGCUCGCGGCCGCCGCGGGCUCAGCGGCUCCGGCCGGCCGUCCCUAGUCCAGGCGGCCGCCGAGGCACCAUGAUCGGGGGGUGGCGCCCGCGGACUGGGGACCCUAACGGGGGCCGGCCGGGGUGGCGCCGCUGUCCAUGCGGCCCUGCGGCCCCGGCGCCGCCCGCUCCUCCCGCCGCCCGCCUCUCACGCUGCCAUGUGCGCCCGCAGCAGCGCGGUGCGGGCCGGGUGCGCCCAGCCGCCCAGGCGGAGCGGAGCGGGCCGAGCGCGGCUGCCGCCUGCCCUCCACCGCCUCCGGCGCCCUGCUCGCCGCCCGCCGCCUCCCCAGCCGGGCGCCGUUCCUCCUCUCCGCUCGGCCGUUGCGAACUCGCCCGCUUUGCGACUCUGCCUCCGCCAGGUGCGGCUCGGGCGGUGCAGGUAACUGCGCUGCCCCGGAAACGGGAGGCGGAGCGCCGGGCGCCUGGGUUCCCGGGUCUCCUCCCCGCGCUCAGCGCCACGAGGGCGGGUCCUAGGGCCCGAGACGCGCCCCCUCGUGGGACAGUCCGAACCGCCGACCACCCCUGCGCUGCCCCUGCCAAGGGGAUGGGAGACUGCCGGUUACCUGGGAUCCAGAGCCAGACCGGAGCCCAGGAGGUCAGGACGAGACCCUCUCUGCCUCGGCUUCCCAGCGCUACUGGCUCUCCCACCCCGAGUGUCCAGGGCUCUGGCACAGGUGGCCCCAACACGCCAGCUUUUCUGGACCUCUCUGUGGUUUAGAUAUGGAAUAUUAAUGUUUGUUUCGUAAUUUUUUGACUGAGAAGCAAGACCUCUGGAAUUAAGCUACUUGGAUCCCAAAUGCACACUACUCUCCAGUUAUGUGAACUUGGACAUCUUGCUGAAUGGAAGUGUUAGUUUGGGGCCCAAAAAAAAAAAAAAAUCACACAAUAAUAUGAACUCCUUAGGGGAUGGUUGUAAAAGGUGAAAGCACUUUGGUAGCCAUGACCUCAGGAGCCAUGAGCUCAGCAGCCUCAUGGGGGUCAUUUGGAGCACCCUGUCUGACAGCAAGCCACCUCUGUGAAAGUGGACCAUUUCUGCUCAAAAUAAGCCCAUGUCCUUCCCUGAGAAUUAUGGGUGGCUGCUCGUGACGGUUCUCCUCAUUGUUGACUUCUUGUGUGUGUCCUAUUUUCAACCAAGUCUUGUACCUGGAUGUGUUCAUUGUGAAACACCUUGCAGAUUUUCAAAUCUAACUUUCUUUUUAACUCAGAUGCCCACGGCCUGGCAUUUUCUAAAUGUUCGCUCCUUUGGACCUUUACACCUGACCUGGAAAGCAGGAGAAAGACCAGGGUAGGAACUAACUCAAGGCCUUGUCCCUCCCACCCCUGACAAAAGAAUCCCAGGUUAUCUCCCAGAAGCUCAAGCAGGGUGAGGUCACAAAACAGAUGGCCACCUACCCCAUGCCGGGCAGGUGAAUCAUCACCCCCCCUGCAUUCUGUGAGGCCCAGGGCAAACGUGCUGGGGUUUAAAGGUAGAACCGGCUUGGCCACGUGAUAGACCACAGUGGAGUUUAUUCUACAGGUGACUGAACUGCAGGAAUCCGAACAGAAGACAAGAGGCCCUGGCCUCUCCCGACCUUCCUCCUGGGGCUGUGUCUGGCUGCCUGUGUGCUGAGUUCAAGGAGACAGGCCAUCAUGGUUGAAGCCAAGCAGAAGUGACGACUGGCCAAACCUUUCUGCAUUUGCUUUCAGAGCCAGGUGGCCCACGGGAGACA